CGGAAGGCCAGAAAGUUUGUCUGUCCCCGGAGGAGCAGCGUCCUUCAGGGCAGGUUGCGACACGCGUUUUCCCUGAGUUUCGUUUUUAGGUGGGGACGAGUCCUGCCCGUGCGCUGCUGUUUACUGACGGGCCCGGGGCUGGCACCGCAGCCACGGGACUUGAAAAAUGGGUACAGGCGCUUCCUCCAGCUGCUGGAGACACAGCCCCUUCGGUGCGUCUCGGCGAGCUUCGUCAUAAGUUAGCCAAAAACCUCUCUGCCCCACCGGCUCUUCACUUUAAUUCCUGGCCUCUCCCCUACCCCCACCAGGCCUGACAGACUGUUCAAUUUUAUGCUGGAGUUGUAAACACUGAGCAUUUUGGAGAACUGCAAGUGCUCUGGAGUGUGCAGCUGGAAACAACUUUGUCCUGUAAUCAGCCAUCAAAUAAGAAGCUGCACAAGCCUUGAUUUAUGCUGGGAUGGCAGGGUCCAACUUGGAAAAUAUUCAAGAAAAAAUAAAUGAGUACUUGGAGAGAGUUCAAGCUCUCCAUUCAGCAGUUCAGUCACAGAACACAGACCCUCUGAAGUCAAAACAACAGUUGGACUUGGAGCGUGCUCACUUCCUAGUUACACAGGCUUUUGAUGAAGAUGAUAAAGGCAAUGCAGAAGAAGCCAUAGAGUUGUACACAGAAGCGGUGGAGCUCUGUUUGAAAACAGCUACUGAAACUUCAGAAGCAGGCCUCCAGUCCAAACUGAAACAGCUGGCUCGGCAAGCACUGGAUAGGGCAGAGGCACUGAAGGAAUGUGUGUCAAAGUCAUCUCAAAAGGAGAAGUCAACUGCAGCUAAACCAAAUCAGCCAGUCAGAACAUUCUUUCCAUUGGGACCUGAUUUUUCUUUAAAUGAUAAACCACAGACAGUCAGGGCAGUACAAGCUAGCGAAUCUCAGGGUCAGAGAUACACUGCAGAGGAGAUUGAAGUACUCAGGAAGACUUCAAAAAUUAAUGGCAUUGAAUAUGUACCUUUCAUGAGUGUUGACCUGAGGGAACGUUUUGCCUUCCCUAUGCCAUUUUCUGAUAAAUGUGGGAAGUUACCAUUAUCCCCCAAACAGAAAGCAAUGUUUGCCAAGUGGGUGCGGCCAGAUGACAUAACAAAUAACCCUACGAUGAUUUAUACUGUAUCAAGUUUCAGCAUAAAGCAGACAAUAGUGUCAGAUUGUUCUUUCGUGGCAUCGCUAGCUAUCAGCGCAGCAUAUGAAAGAAGAUAUAACAAAAAAUUGAUCACAAGUAUAAUUUACCCUCAGAAUAAGAAAGGAGAACCAGAAUAUAAUCCAUGUGGCAAAUACAUGGUGAAGCUUCAUAUCAAUGGUGUACCUAGAAAGGUAAUCAUAGAUGACCAGUUACCUGUUGAUCAUAGUGGGGAACUUCUCUGCUCUUAUUCUAACAAUAAGAAUGAAUUAUGGGUAUCACUAAUAGAAAAGGCUUACAUGAAGGUCAUGGGAGGAUAUGAUUUUCCUGGAUCAAAUUCUAAUAUCGAUCUCCAUGCACUGACUGGUUGGAUACCCGAAAGAAUUGCUAUGCACUCUGACAAUCAAGCUUUCAAUAAAGAUAGUACUUUCAGAAUGCUUUAUCAGAGAUUUCACAAGGGAGAUGUCCUUAUCACAACAGCAACAGGGGUGAUGUCUGAAGAGGAAGGAGAAAAAUGGGGUUUAGUUCCAACCCAUGCAUAUGCAGUCUUGGAUAUAAGAGAAUAUAAGGGACUUCGAUUUCUUCAGUUGAAAAAUCCCUGGAGCCACUUACGUUGGAAGGGACGAUACAGUGAAAAUGACACAAGAAAUUGGACCCCAGAUUUACAAAAAUACUUGAACUUUGAUCCAAGAACAGCUCAGAAAAUAGACAAUGGCAUUUUCUGGAUCGCCUGGGAGGACCUGUGCCAGUACUAUGAUGUUAUUUAUUUGAGUUGGAACCCAAGUCUUUUUAAAGAAUCUACGUGUAUUCACAGUACUUGGGAUGCAAAGCAAGGUCCAGUGAAGGAUGCCUACAGCCUGGCUAAUAAUCCUCAGUACAAGCUAGAGGUCCAGUGUCCACAGGGUGGUGCUGCCGUCUGGGUUCUGCUUAGCAGGCACAUCACAGAUAAGGAUGACUUUGCACACAAUCGGGAAUUCAUUACAAUGGUUGUAUACAAGACUGAUGGCAAAAAAGUUUACUAUCCAGCUGAUCCUCCUCCGUAUAUUGAUGGUAUUCGGAUCAACAGUCCUCACUAUCUGACCAAGAUAAAGCUGACCUCUCCAGGGCCCCAUACGUUUACCUUAGUGGUGUCCCAAUAUGAGAAACAAAACACUAUCCAUUACACCAUCAGGGUGUAUUCCUUGUGCAAGUUCACCUUUUCCAAGAUUCCUACACCAUACACCAUUUCCAAACGGGUUAAUGGACAGUGGAAAGGUCACAGUGCUGGAGGAUGUGGAAACUUCAGAGACACCUACAAAAAUAAUCCCAUUUACCAAUUCCAGCUGGACAAGAAUGGGCCAUUACUAAUUGAACUACGGGGACCAAGGCAAUACAGCGUUGGCUUUGAACUCGUCAUGGUCUCGACGGUAGGAGAUCCUGGUUCCUAUGGCUUUCAGAAAAAAAGCAGUGGUGACUACAGGUGUGGAUUCUGCUACUUGGAAGUGGAGAACAUAUUUGCUGGAGUUUACAACAUUAUCCCCACCACAUUCCUGCCUCAGCAAGAGGGUCCUUUUUUCUUAGACUUUAACAGUUGUGCUCCUCUUAAGGUAUCGCAGCUGCAGUGAGGAGACAGAUCCGUGUAUUGCCAUUUAAGGAGGUGGUUUUGAUCUCUCCUACAGUCUGAGAACAGGUGAAUAACUCUUACUACACAUACAAGAAAAUUACAUUCUAAGUGAGAGCCAAAAGCACAGAGUCACCGAUCCACCAGUUCAGUGUGGCAGACAGCUGUAGUUUUUGCUGCUACGGUGUUCAACAGGCUUGUGAGUGGGCUGAAAUGCUUAUAGUCAAAUGAACUGGCAGAACUGCAUUUAUUGGAUUUUUUUCACACUUCAAAUCAAAGUCUAGUGAGUCAAGAGAAAAACUACCAUUGACCUCUUCUCCCAAAAUACAGGGUAUGUGGGGUUAAGACUUUAUUCUUAAAAGUAAACAUGUAAGAAAAAAAAAAAAAAGAAAAAGUCUUGUGUAUUCUGCUUAUUCGUUCUCAGGACCAAAUAGCUUCUGCUACACGUUUGUGCUGCUAGCUUGAAUGUUUUCAGCAUUGAACUAGUUCUCACAUCUAAAUGUAAAUUUACUACUGCUGCGCAUUCCAGUAGUAGUAUUCCAGCUUAUCUAGAACGCAUACACAGGAGUAAAGGAAAAGGAAGAUUCCCUUCGGCUAUUUCUAAAAGAAAAGCAAUGGCUUUACUCACGUUCCAUGUACUUGGUGAGCUGUUGAUUGCAUAUCUGUAGGACUUUAUACAUAAUAUUACAGCGCGAGGUACUCUGUGGCUUUCUUCCUACUAGCUGCAAGACCUAGCUUGAUCCAGACUGGCAGUAAAAUUAGGAGGUCAGCCAGCAGGAGCACGCAGACAGUGCUGCACGCCCUUCCCUUGGCAGGUGUGAAAGGUUUUUGUCUAAAGCCGCACUGUAGGAUCCCCUCUGUCUACAGAGGUAGCCCUGCUUGCCCAUCAUCGGCAUCCCAGCAAGCAAAUGUUUUGUCCUCAAUAUUUUUGUAAGAAUUCAGCGUGUCAGGGAAGGAUCAUUUAGACCUCUCCCCCUAAUAACCCACAGCCGCAAGAAACACACUUGCUGAUCCCAUUAUACAAGAUACCUUUUAAAAGGUAACUUUUUUUUAAGUUGAAACCAGUGAAUGAAUUGCGCGCUUGGCCAGUGCCGUCAGUAGGAGUAAGGUCAAAGUUCUUAAGAAAAUGGUGGAAUAAGUUGUUUGUUUUUUUUUUUUUUUUCAGAAGCCUCUGAUCUAUAGUCUUCCUCCAUUAGAUCUAUAUAGAUUUUAUCUGAAGUGGAUUAAAGAUAACCAAGUUUUUCUUUUUAAUUUAAAUACCAACUGCCUCACUGAUCCUAAAAUGCAUUGGGAUUUGUCUUUUUACAGAUGGCAGACUUAAAAUUGACAGCUGGGGGAGAGGGCGUUUUUAAAACAGCCAUAGGAAGUUCUUCGCUGCUCAGGUUUGGCUUGGCAGUUUUCCAAGCAAAAAGGUAGCAUUUAAAUCUUAUUUUGGAGCGCAGGUGCCACUUGGUCAUUGGGAAACUGAGCCCACAGGCCACAGGAGUAACAGAAAUAUUAUCUGUGGGCUAAAAUUGUUCUUGUAGAAGUCUGCUACUAACCCUCUCCAGAAAGGAUAAGUUCCCUUUUGUUUUGUUUCCCUCAUCAGGCAGCUGCUUAGCAAAUGUCUAGCUUUAAAAGGGCACUGAAAACACAGGCCUCUCUGACUGCCGUUCUCUCAAAGACCAUCUGGGCUAGGAAAUUUGUGACAAGUUUGUCACAGUGUGACUUACCUUCUUUUGCAAGGAAGUUUCUGAUGAUUAUUGCACCAAAUCAACACAGGGAACAGCAUGGGUGCAAGCUGAGCAAAAAAUAAAUUAGGCUUAUUGUGGUUAUCCUUGGCUUUUGGGAAUAUGCGCAAAGGACUGCUUCAUCCCUACAAAAUUGAAUUAUGUUUUUAGCUUAGGCUAAACCAGAGGGGCAGCAGAACCUUGCAUGUAUUUUAUCACCUAUGAAGUUAGAGGUAGGUAGGAAGUCUCAGCUGAGUGUAUUUUUGACAGUACAAAAGGCAGCUGCCAGAACUGCCAGCUUUUGGUACUAAGUUCUUACACAUCUUGCCAACAGUAAAAUCGGGGGCUGGUCUUCUCUCGUUGGUUUCUACUCUGCAGGAAGGGGUUUUGGGUUUUUUCCUUCUUCCCUUUUUUUUUUUUUUUUUUUGACCCCCAACAAGCACAAGCUAGCACCAAAAGCUUAUGCUGGAGGAAACAAGCUCAGCUUCCACACUGUGCUGAACUCAGAGCGAGGAACAUAUGCAACUUAAUGCCAGACAAAGGCAUUAAGGACAAAGGAUCCUGUCUCCACUCUUACAUACACAGAGGAUUGGGCUCAUCCCCGUAACUGCACAGGAUUUAAGCUUAGUAGCAGUGUCCUCUGUAAGGACAGCCCGACUCAAAACACUGCACCUAUACAGGCUACUAGAAUACGGUCACUGUACAUUUCCCUUCAUGUAUAGGACAGAACAUUCAGGCGGGGCAUUUAAAAGGAAAUACAAAACAUUCUUAAAAAUAAGUCUGCAGAUUCUGUUUAUGCCAAGGUAAUUUUACAAUAAAGUUUUCUUGCCCUUUUUUCUUAGG